UAUUUUAUAUUGUCUGUCACUUUCAGAUAUUUUAAUUUUUGACUCCAGUCCAGAUGCUGGUGAUCCGGAUUCUUCUGAUGGGCAGAAACUCUUGUGGGAAAAGCUCAUCUGGAAACUUGAUCCUAGGAGAAAAGAGGUUUAAAAGGCAUGAGUCUGGAGUGUGUGAGGGUCAGACUCAGAUCAGAGGGCAGCAGGUCGCUGUGAUUGAUUGUCCAGAUCUACUGGAUCCAGAUCUGAAUGAAGAGCAGCUGGAGAUGAUGGAAGAGCAGCUGGUCUCUGGAUGUUCAGCAGGUCUCAGUUCAGUUCUGCUCAUCGUUCCUCUGGAGAAACCUCUGCAAAAUGAGCAAAAGAUCCUGGAUUAUAUUAAGUGUUUGUUUGGUGCUGAAGUUCAGAAGUACAUCAUGAUUCUGUUCACACAUGAAGAUGAUCUGGAGGAUCUGGAUCAGACCACUGAUGAAUAUCUGAAACCCAAAGAUCACGAGGAUCUGCAGCGACUCGUGACUGAAUGUGGAGGAAAGUCCCACUGUUUCAGUAACAUGAAGAAAGUGAAGGCUCAAGUUGAAGAUCUGCUGCAGAAGAUUGAAGGAAUGAUGACGGAGAACGGAGGGAAAUUCUUUAUGAAACAGAUGCAGAGGAGCAACAGCAUGGACGUUCUUAAUGUCAGCUUUUCAGGAAAGAGUUUACCAUAUCCAGUCUCCAGAUGAAGUGGAUGCAGUUCCUGAGAGGAAAGACCAGAUCAGGCUGGUUCUGAUGAGAAAAACUGGACUCUGCAAUAGUGCUGGAAACACCUUCAUGGAUAUCAGACAGUGUCAGUGAGAAACUACAGUCUCAGUGAUUAAGAAACUUGAUAAUCAGACACACAAGACUCACUUCUUUUCUUAUUAGUGAUGUGAUAUACAUGCAGCGAACAGUAAUAGACCAAUCACUGCAUGAGCUGCGAGUGACUCUGAACAACUGUAAUAAACACGCCGUUCUUUCUAUUAUGUACUCUGUAAAUAUAAUGUGCUUUCUGUAUCGCUAUCCAGAGGGAGUGACUUUCUCUUCAGAGGGGAGUCGGUCAAAUAUCAGAAUAUUGAAAGAAUAAAGUUGAUUUAUUGUGACUCUGAA